AUGGGUUAAGUUUAACAGUCCAAAUAACACUUUUUAAAAAAUUGGUAAAAAUUAGAUCAACAUCAAAGCAAAAUGUAAUUAUGAGUUUCAAUUUAGUUUUGGAAGUCUAAUUGAAGUCUAUUAAAAUUAAUAGGAAUAAGUUGCAGUUAUUAGUAAGCUAUAUUAAAAUGAUGAUUAAUAUCAAAUUGAGUUAUAGAAAUUACAACAAUAUUAACAAUUAUCUAAUAUACCUGGUUUGAUAAAAUUGUUAGAAAUAAAUAAAUAAGAAGAAUAAUAUUUAUGUAGUAACUUUUACAAAAUAGAUGCAAUCUUUGAAUAUGGUAUUCCAUUUACAUCUUAACUUCCUUAUUAUUAAUUUAUAUAGCAAGUUAUGCAUACUUUGAUAGAAUUAUAAAAUAGAGAUAAAUAUCAUGGUGAUUUAAUACCUUCAUCAUUUCUCUUUAAAAAUUAAGUCAAACUUUUUCUCCCCAAUAUUAAUCAUUAUAGUCGUCUAUUAAAUGGAUCAUAAGAGGAUUGUUAUUUGUCUCCUGAAUUAUUAGAAUAUUUAGGUAGAGGUUCAUAUAGACCUGAAUAUAAUAAAGAGAAAAGUGAAAUAUUUUCUAUUGGUCUUAUAACAUUAGAAUUAAUCUUAUAAGAGUCAAUUCAGAAAAUUUAUAAUUUUGAAAUCUAUUAAAUUAACAUAAGUAAAUUAUAAUAAAAAUAUUAGAUAUUUUGGAUGACUUAUUAUAAAAAGCAGAUAAUAAAUUAAUCAGUAAAAUGUUGGAAUUACAACCAGAAAAUAGACCUAAUUAUUUAUCUAUUUAUGAAGAAAGUUUAGUAGAAAUGAUGUAGUAAUCAGCUAUUAAAAUAGAAAAUUAACAAUCAAAUUAUUUAAAUGAAAUAUCAAAUUAAUAAAUUAAAGAAAUAUUACCUAUACAUUAAUCCAAAAAUUUACAUAUUAAAACAUAAAUAAUAUAAUCAACAAAUACUUUAAAAAAAACUAAUCCAACUUAAAGAUCUGUAUAAAUAAUUUCAGAACAUAAAACAAAAUAUUUGAAAUCAUAAUUAAAAUAAACAUAAAAAAAAUAAGUAAAGAAGGUUAAUCCAUCUAUAUCUGAAUAAAAUAAUCAUGAUUAAAUAAAAAUUCAUUCAAAAUAGAAAUCUAAUAAUUUUGCUAAUUUAGAAUUACUAUAAUUUUAAGAUAACAAUAUUUAUUAGAAUUCUAAUUUAAUUUCCCCUUAAAAUUAAUAAUUUUAUCCAAACUCUUUAUAAUACUUAACACCUUCAUAAUCACCUAAUAACAGAUAUUCAUAUAAAAAGUCUCAUCAAUCCUCAGCUAUUAAACAAUAAUCUCUUGAACCUAAUGAAUAUGCCUUUUUGCAUGAGUAAAUUCAUGUACCAUACAACCCUGGAUCCAAUUUUUUAGAUUCCUCAAGGUAAUAAGAAUUAUAUGAAGUUGUUUCUCCAAAAAGUUAAAGACCAACAUCAACACUCAAAGAUAUUUCAAAUAAAAAACUAUAAAUCAAUUAAACAAAGACCAAUUAAAAUAUUAAAGAAUCUGUUUAGAAAAAACCUUAGUUGCUUAGAAUAUAAAGAACUAAUUCUAUAUCUCCAAAUUUUUAAAAAAAUUUAACAAAGAAAUGA